AUGUUCCGAACGGUAGGACAAGUCGCGCUGGGGACGGCCACAGCUGAUAACGAAGGCGCGGCGGUGUCCGAGCCUGCUAAACUGGUGAAGCCUUCAGUUAAAAGCCGCGCCGAACAAGCGCGGGCGCACGCCUGCGCCGGUGGAGGUGGCGGCGGAGGCGAGCGCCGCGCACGCGCACACGCACACCAUCAGCAAACGAUUUCACAUUCGAAUGUGAACCCCCAAAGGUUUACACUGGAGUUAAAAAAAGCGACAGACUCGGAGAGAGUGAAAAAGUUCCAAACCGGUGGUCACGGUCACGGUUUACAAAAUACUGGGGACGUUCGGUUGCAGGGCGUCGAGGGGCAAGACGAAGGAGUACUCGAACCUGGAGGACCACGCCAUCGUGGCGGGGGUCGGGCGGGGCGCGCGCGGCAGGGUCAACGGAAAACGCGCUGUGGGGGGAGCGCAGGCCCAGUACCCGCCCCUUUCACCGGAUGUCGGUCGUGGCACUCCUGCGCAACCGUACCUGCGUACAUCCUGCCGGCGCUGGGCGCGCUGCGCCUGCCGCCGCCGACGUGUCGCGCCUGCGCGCCGCCGCCCCCGCAGGGUCGCAGAGGCGGCGCGGCGCGGCGGGGGGGGGGCGCGCAACCCCAUCUUCGACCAGAGCGAGGUGAGCGCAGCUCCGCGCGGGUCGUGCGCCCGCUCCUCGCGCGCUCGCCCCCGCCCACACACCCCCUCUCGCGCAAACAUUCUGAAGGCGCGAGCUCGCCGACGCGCCGCCCGCCCGCUCGUGACGUGACGGCCGCGACACGAGCCCCGGGACGCGACGCACCGACGCUGAAGGUAUAG